GCUUAUGAAGAAAAGUUGUUGUGGAAGCCACCUACAAAUCCAUUUACCAAAUUUAUGGAGAAGCCUUCAAUUGAUGGAAGUCAUUCAGAGAAACUAUGUUCUCAUUUUACAAGUACACCAGAGGACGAACAUUUACCACAGGCUGCCAGUGAAAGUCAUCUCAGCUGUCUAAAGCAGGACAUCCUAAAUGAAAAGACUGAUCUGGAAGCAACAUUUAAGGAAGCUGAGUUGGCAACCUGUUCUGUAGAAUUAUUUUUGCCAUUAUUUAAGGAUACCGUUGAAGAGAUUAGUUUUGAAAAUGCUAAUCUUUUUGCAUCCAAUUUGAAGAAGAUUUCUAAACAGAAGGAAAUAUUAACAAAAGAAUUAGACACUUUUAAACGUGUAAAACAAGCUUUGGAACAUCUUAGAAAGACAGAAUACCAACAAGUAGGGGACAGUUUAUCCAGCAUGUUAGAGAAGCUAACUGAUAAUGAAAGUGAAAAUACUAAUCUUAAGAAGAAGGUACUUGAAAAGGAGACCUAUAUUCAAGAACUUUCUUGUUUGUUUCAGAAUGAAAAGGCAAAUGCUUUGAAAGCAGACCGUUUUUCACAAUCAGUAAAAGUAGUACAUGAACGACUACAGUUCCAAAUUCAUAAAAAGGAGGCAGAGAAUGAUAAAUUAAAAGAAUACAUAAAGAGCUUGGAAACCAAGAUAACUGAAUGGAACUUACAACUGAGAAAGAAUAAGCAUGAAGCUGUAGCAAUGAAAGAAUCAAGCAAACAAAAAACUAUAGCUCUAAAAAAGGCAUCUAAAAUUUACAGACAAAGGCUUAAAUACUUUACUGGAGACAUGGAAAACCUUACCUCCCAAAUUAGAGAUCAGGAAGCCAAGCUGUCUGAAACAAUUUCAGCUUCCAAUGCCUGGAAAAGUCAUUAUGAGAAAAUUGUAAUAGAAAAAACUGAAUUGGAAGUUCAGAUUGAAACAAUGCAAAAGCAAGUUACAAAUCUUUUGGAAGACCUGAAGAAAAUGGAAGACGUUGGAAAAAAUUCAUGUGAAGAAAUUCUUAGAAAACUUCACUCAAUUGAAUAUGAAAAUGAAACUCUGAAUCUUGAGAAUACAAAAUUAAAGACUACACUUGAUGCUUUGAAGGAUGAGGUGGUUUCUGUUGAAAAUGAACUUUUAGAAUUGCAAGAAGUAGAAAAACAACAGAAGACCCUUAUUGAAGUAUAUAAAACUCAGAUACAAAAAUUGCAAGAAGCAGCUGAAAUGGUGAAAAGCAGAUGUGAAAAUUUGCUACAUGAAAAUAACCUAAUUACAAAAAACAAAAAUAAAAAAUUAGAGAAGGUUGAUGCAAAUCAUAAUCUUCUGAGAAAGCUUUCUCUGGAAGAGGAAAAUUAUCUUAUUCAGUUGAAGUGUGAAAACCUUAAACAAAAAUUAGAACAGAUGGAUGCGGAAAAUAAAGAGCUUGAAAAGAAGCUGGCAAACCAAGAAGAAUGUCUUAAGCAUUGCAAUCUUAAGUUUAAAGAGAAAUCAGCAGAAUAUACAGCAUUGGCCAGACAGCUGGAAGCUGCUUUAGAAGAAGGAAGACAAAAGGUUUCUAAAGAAAUAGAGAAAAUGUCAUCUAGAGAGAGGGCUUUGCAGAUUAAAAUAUUAAAUCUGGAAACUGAACUUAGAAAGAAAAAUGAAGAACAAAAUCAACUUGUUUGCAAAAUGCACAGCAAAGCACAACACCAGGAAGUAUGUUUGAAGGAAAUGCAACAUAGUCUUGAAAAGUCGGAGAAUCAAAAUGAAAGUAUUAAGAAUUAUUUACAAUUUCUUAAAACUUCUUAUGUAACAAUGUUUGGAUAAAUGGUUAUAUUU